UUUGAGACUCCAGUGAAAAAAAUGAUGAUGGGCUUCACUGAAGCUCUGCCUGUGCUCCAAAAAUCAAGAAAUAAUCACUUUGCUCCCCAAAUAAAAUGGUCCUCGAGCUCCAGUGAUGAGAUGAGGGAAGAUGAGGCUGUUCCAGUCAAACCAGUGCUGUCCAGGAGGUUGGAUAUUUCCCCUCUUCACGCAGCCAGUGUUCCCACAGCCACGCAGACAGAGUCCUCCAGGAGAUCAUCCCCCAAACCUGCUGCUCCUUACACACCCCUGGUGCCUGUGGUGUCAUUUUAUAGCAAGGAGAAGCGAUACCUCACCCCUCUGGAGAGGAAAGAACUGAACCAGAACCACCCUUUGGGUGAGAGGAACAGGGGUGACCAUCACCCAACUACCAGCAGGACUGAGAAAACAAACAGCAGCUUGAGCAGGAACACCAGUUCAAAGCCAACCAAGCACACAACCAACUCCAAACAUCCUCAAAAUCAUCCUCAAAGUAAAAAAAACACCCCCAAAAUAAUGAAGAAAGCCAAGGGAGAGAUCCCAGCAGGAAAACCCAACGUGGAGAAAGAGAAUGUCAGUUACCUAAUUAAAAAGAAGAUGGAUUCACCCUUCAGAGUCUUGAGCAUGACAGUUAAACCAGCCUUGAAACUCCAGCUGGGAGCAGCUUUUUUUUCUGCCAGGAAGAAAUCCCACUCUAAAAAACCACUUGUAGACACUAAAUCUCUCCAGAUUCUCCCUAAAUCUCUGCAAGAAAACCAUCAACCCCAACCACUGACAUCUGCAAAGUCCGAUUCAACCAAGAGAAACAAAACUCCUGAGGCAGGAGGUGUGUUGGGAAGAGUUUCUGCACCUCAGAAGGAGAAGGAGGAAGAUGGAGGGGAGAGGGAGAACUUGACAAGCUGUGUAAAUCAAGAGAGAGAUUCGACCUGUGGAGGAGAAACAUCUCCACAGAGAAGUGGAAGCACCUCAGAUCCAUCUCAUACUUCCAACUCUGCAGCUGCAGGAGAUGCUGAUGUAGAGAACAUGGAGGUUGAUGAAAUCAGUUCGACCAGCUGCGAGUCAGACGACUGCGUUGUUCUCUCCAGCCAGUCGCCGCCUCAGGUGCAUAAACAAG